AUAGUCACUCGAACACAAGGCUUUGUAGAAGCUAAUUCACUUCAUCUUAUGUGUUUUCAUUGAGACUCUUAAGUCUUUUUUUCUCGAUGAGGGGGUCUUUUCUUUUACUUUUUUUAUUGGUUUCUGGGAGUUUGUGUUAUGGUAAUGCCAAGAAUGUAGAGGUUGUUGGUAUUGGAGAAUGUGCUGAUUGCAAAGAGAAUAACAUCGACACAAUCCAUGCAGUGUCAGGGUUAAAAGUGACAAUUGACUGCAAGCUUGAAGAUGGUAAGUUCAAAACAAGAGGUGUAGGAAAAUUGAACGAAGAAGGACACUUCAAAAUCUCUCUUCCUCAAGAAAUCUUGAAAGAUGAAAAGUUGGGUGAAGAAUGCUACGUACAACUCCACAAUGCAGCAAAUGCACCUUGUGCAAUUCACAGUGGAUUAGAAGCUUCUAAAAUCAGUUUCCUUUCAAAGUCCGAUAAAACCCACACCUUCGGACCCACCGGAAAACUUAAAUUUUCAUCGGCGGUUUGCACCUCCGCUUUCUUUUGGCCGGGAUACAAACACCCGUCUAUCCCAAAACCAUCGUUCCCAAAAGACCACCCUUGGUUAAAGAAGUUCGGCCACAUUUUCAAAAAACCAUGUCCGCCGCUUCCACCAAAGAUCCUCCCUCCUGUCCCCACAAUACCCAUCAAAAAGCCAUGUCCGCCACCGGUUCCCGUCUACAAACCAACACCUAAGCCGGAGCCACCGGUUUACAAACCAGAACCCAAGCCAACACCGCCGGUUUACAAACCAGAGCCAAAGCCUACGCCUCCUGUUUACAAGCCAAAGCCAACGCCGCCUGUUUACAAGCCAAAGCCGACGCCGCCGGUUUACAAGCCAGAGCCAAAGCCAACGCCGCCGGUAUACAAGCCAGAGCCGAAGCCAACGCCGCCGGUGUACAAGCCAGAGCCGAAGCCAACACCGCCGGUAUACAAGCCGGAGCCGAAGCCAACGCCGCCGGUGGUUCCCAUCUAUAAGCCGCAUCCAAAAAUAUUGCCACCGAUGGUUCCGAUUUAUAAGCCGCAUCCAAAAAUCUUGCCGCCGCCAAUUCCGAUUUACAAGCCGCAUCCGAAAAUAUUGCCGCCAAUGAUUCCGAUUUACAAGCCGCAUCCAAAAAUCUUGCCGCCGUUUUAUAAGAAACCAUGCCCACCAUUUGCAGUGCCGAAGCUUCCGCCGCUACCCAGCUUUCCACCAAAACAUUUCCAUCAUCCUCUCAUACCGGUGCCACCUCAUAAUUAAACUCUCAUAUUUAAAUUAUUUAAAUUCUGUAAGUUUUAUAUAUGCAUGUAGGAUUAUUAAAUACCGACGUUUCAAGAAAGUAAUAAAGAUUCGAAGGUGGAUGAUAGGAGUAUCGAGUGUUUUUAAAGGGUAGAUGAUGUGAAGAUCUGGUGUGUGAGUUCGAGGUUGUUUAUGGAGUUUGGAUAUUUAUUUUGUUGUAUUUAUAUAUUUAUUAUAAUAUAAUAAAUAUUUGUAUUUGUAACAAUCAAAGAAGUCUCGUUUGUUUUGAA